AUGGUGUUGUCAAAGAAAUGUGCCCAGUAUGAUUAUGGAUUCUUCUCCAAUUAUAGAACUUACGGCCAGGUAUUUAUCACCACUAUUUCAGUAGCUCAUGAGAGGCUCGUUUUGAGGCAUUGUCAGUUGUAAUCGUAUGCCUGGGUCCACCAGACCGUCAGUUAGUUAGCAAGCUGGAGAGCCGGCCUACCCAAGCAUUCGAUUCAUGGAGGGGGGGGGGGGGGGGAGAGCACAAGUGGGUGAGGGGGAGAGGAGGGUCUGCUAGGAAGCCCAUACACCUAGAAGAUUGUUCAUUCUAUUAAGAGUUUUGCUUGGAAAUCAGUGAAUUAGUCAAUUCGUCAGAAAACCACCAUUCAAUACUUUCUAUCCAGGUGGUAAAUCGGUCAAUGAGUCGAUUGAUCUCUUGGUCAAUGAGUCGGUUGACCGGCUCGGUAGUCACCUGCAGUCGGGCACUCGUUUGUUACCUUCUGUUCCUUACUCAAUUUCAUGCCAUUUGUCUUUUAAUUCAGCUUGAAGCUCCAGAGUACCAUGAAGAAGACAUGAAGACUCCAACCUCUCUCUUCUCGGGUUCAAAUGACAAACUUGCCUGCCCGACAGAUGUACGACUUCUAAAAGACCGGAUAACUAACUUGAAAUACUUCAGAGAGAGAGAUCUUAAGAGAUUCAAGGCUGGAAUCAUGCUGACUUUUUAUUUGGAAAUAAUGCACCUGAGCUUCUUUACUCAAAGCUUAUUAAUAUGA